AGAUUGACUCAACGCAAGUUCUAGGAAGGAAGGCCGUGGAAUGGAAAAAUGGUUAUGAUAAUAAAUGGGAUUAAUUAACAUAAUUUAAUUUUUGUGAAGGGAUUAGCAACAUAAUUAAGAGACGUCAUUAUCCAUCCCCUUAAUUCCACGCCUAUAAAUACCGCAGCCCUGUACACACACCACAUCAAUUCAUCACAAAAACAACUUACUUUACUUUGCAAUACGCAUAUACAACAAGAGAGAGAGAGAGAGAAAUGGCAAGUUUCCCAGUGAUCAGCUUGGAGAAGAUCAAUGGAGAAGAGAGGGCUGCAGUGUUGGAGCAGAUCAAAGACGCAUGCGAAAACUGGGGUUUCUUCGAGCUGGUGAAUCAUGGAAUCGCUCCUGAGUUCAUGGACAAAGUGGAGAAAUUGACCAAGGAGCACUACCGGAAAUGUAUGGAGCAGCGCUUCAACGAAAUGGUGGCCAGCAAGGGCCUCGAGGCCGUUCAGUCCGAAAUCGACGACCUCGACUGGGAGAGCACCUUCUUCCUGCGCCAUCUCCCCAUCUCCAACAUCUCUGAAAUCCCCGAUCUCGAUCAGGAAUACAGAGAGGUGAUGAGGGAGUUCGCGGCGAAGCUGGAGGUGCUGGCGGAGGAGCUGCUUGACUUGCUGUGCGAGAAUCUGGGACUGGAGAAGGGAUAUCUGAAGAAGGCCUUCUGCGGGUCGAAAGGGCCGACCUUCGGCACGAAGGUGAGCAACUACCCUCCGUGCCCGAAGCCCGAUCUGAUCAAGGGGCUCCGGGCCCACACGGACGCCGGCGGCAUCAUCCUCCUCUUCCAGGACGACAAGGUGAGCGGCCUGCAGCUCCUCAAAGACGGCGAGUGGGUGGACGUGCCGCCCAUGCGCCACUCCAUCGUCAUCAACAUCGGCGACCAGCUCGAGGUGAUCACCAAUGGCAGAUACAAGAGCGUGAUGCACAGAGUGAUCGCGCAGACCGACGGCACGCGGAUGUCGCUCGCCUCCUUCUACAACCCCGGCAGCGACGCCGUGAUCUAUCCGGCGCCGGCGCUCGUGGAGAAGGACGGCUGCCAACAGCUCUACCCCAAAUUCGUGUUCGAGGACUACAUGAAGCUCUAUGCCGGGGUGAAGUUCCAGGCCAAGGAGCCCAGGUUCGAGGCCUUCAAGAACACUGCUACACUGGGACAGAUCGCAACUGCUUGAGUUCACUUAAUUUUAUGGUGUUAUGUAACUGUUUGUGCGUGUAUUUAGAUAUAUAUAUAAGAGUAUGUGUGCUUGCUAGAUUAGUGUGUGGGGAUGAUUCAACUUUGAAGAGGAAGUUUCCAUUAUACUUGUGAGGAAUUUCUUCAUCAAAUAAUUAAUUAUUGUUACUACA